GAGGUCACAACAUAGGGAAGAUUCUUAUUGCAAACCGUGGAGAAAUUGCAUGCAGAGUGAUGCGAACAGCAAAGAAAAUGGGUGUGAAAUCUGUAGCAGUUUAUAGUGAAGCAGACAGGAAUUCCAUGCAUGUAGCGAUGGCAGAUGAAGCAUAUUGCAUUGGUCCAGCACCCUCACAGCAGAGUUACUUGGCCAUGGAGAAAAUAAUGCAGGUGGCCAAGGUCUCAGCAGCACAGGCUAUUCAUCCAGGUUAUGGUUUCCUCUCAGAAAACACAGAGUUUGCAGAGUUGUGCAAGCAAGAGGGAAUCAUCUUCGUAGGUCCGCCUUCAUCUGCUAUCAGAGAUAUGGGUAUUAAGAGCACUUCCAAAGCUAUAAUGUCUGCUGCUGGCGUUCCUGUUGUUGAAGGUUAUCAUGGAGAAGAUCAAUCAGAUGCCUGUCUAAAGGAACAUGCCAAGAGAAUAGGAUAUCCAGUAAUGAUUAAAGCUGUUCGCGGAGGUGGAGGAAAGGGCAUGAGAAUUGCUCAUUCAGAAAAGGAGUUUCUGGACCAACUAGAAUCAGCUAGGAGAGAAGCAAAGAAGUCUUUCAAUGAUGAUGCAAUGCUGAUUGAGAAAUUUGUAGAUAAUCCAAGGCAUGUUGAAGUCCAAGUGUUUGGUGACCAGCAUGGCAAUGCAGUCUAUUUGUUUGAAAGAGACUGCAGUGUGCAAAGAAGACAUCAGAAGAUCAUUGAAGAGGCACCAGGGCCAGGAAUUAAUCCUGAAGUUCGAAAGAGACUUGGAGAAGCUGCUGUCAAAGCAGCUAAAGCAGUGAAUUAUGUGGGAGCAGGAACAGUAGAAUUUAUUAUGGACUCCCAACAUAAUUUUUACUUCAUGGAGAUGAAUACCAGACUGCAAGUAGAGCACCCAGUUACAGAGAUGAUCACUGGAACAGACUUGGUGGAAUGGCAGCUGAGG